AUGUCCACCACCACCACCACCACCACCACCACCACCACCACCACUGCAGACACGCCCUGCACGCCCGACUUCCUUCAGGAUCGCCUCUCCACACUCCUCGCGUCCCCGUAUAUUCACUUCAACACCCCCACGUCCGGGCCCUUCGCGCACCUGCACAUGGGCCCCGGACCCGUAGACCUGUUCAGCACCCGGUUCGCCAACUUCUUCACGCAGGACGCUGAUGGGGUCGUCGGAGGGCAGGCGGUGGACAAGGACGGCCUGAAGGCCGCCCUCCUUGCGCUGCAGGGGCGCUGGGACCCGGACAGCGCAAGCUUUGAGCCGGGAGCGACGCCGACGAUGAAGUUCGCGUGGACGCAGAGCAAGUCGAAGGAGCCCGCCGAAGUGAAUGCAUUUGGCAUGCAAAGGGAAGAGGGCGGUACGCAGCGCAUCAGCACUCUCAAUCUCGACGGAGAUUCGUCGCUGUUCGUGGCUCCUCAGUAG